UUUGUUCAUGUCAGAUGUGGACUCGACAAAAUGCAAUCCAAAACAACUCUAGAGUUGAUCCAUCUGCCAGACGACGAGUUUGACACCUUUCCAAGUUUGGAGAUCCGUACAUACUCCCGGAGAAACCAAGAUGAUAAUAUUGGUGAUGAAGAUAGGAAGCUCACAAUUGAGAAUUUUCACAAGCAUCCUUUGAUCUUAGUUGGUUAUGAGAUGCGCUCAACAAACUUUUGGCUGCUCUUUCCUUGCCCAUAAAGUCUGUGCAGACCUUCUCCCCAUUCUCAAGUUUGGAUUUACCACUAGAGUUCGAGACGUGAUGGCGCAACCAUGUCCGGACCCGGCCAAAUGUUCUGUUGGUAUUCCCUUGAUGGUUGAUCUGUCAUGGAUGGCUACCCCAAGCAUUGUAAAGCACAGCUCACACAGCCAACACCUUCUCUUUCGCACCUCCCGUCGUUCGAUGAUCUCCCCCAUCAGUUGCUGCUCCAGCGACUCCCUUGCUUUUGAUGUCUAUAAGUGCAGUAUAUGUGAUUUCUACAUUCAUAUAAGGUGCGCCGCACUACCCAAAAUGAUUCAUUUCCAUAAAUUCGAUCAACAUCCUCUGCAUUUGAUCACUGCCGGUACUAGUAAUAGUUUUGGUAGUGAUCACGACAUCUGUGAGGUGUGUGAGGAAGAUAUAGAGUGCAAGUAUUGGUUCUUCCACUCUGCUAAAUGUGACUACUCUUUCCAUGUAAACUGCAUUCCCUCAGUUGGCUAUUUGUCCAAAGUCAAGUUUGGAGGCAAAUAUAGUAUGUCUUGUCACUCUCAUCCUCUCAUGCGUAAACGGAUGCUUACUUACGGAAGAAAUGAGAGGUGUGGGUAUUGCCACAAAAUCAUUGUGGGAUUGGUAGAUCAAGUGGCUUUCUCUUGUGAACAGUGUGAUUAUUGGAUUCAUUUUUCUUGUGCAAGUGAUUCACUCUCAUCCUCUCACACCCGUGGAACCAUACUUUUUGAGGAAUUUGACCUAUAA